UAUAUGCUGGCGUGGCCGCCACGGAGGGACCGAACCUCGCCUCCCAGGCAGCCGGCGACGGACAGCCAGCGCCCAGCACCUUGCUCCCUGGUCCUGCACCAUGAAAAUCCUGCUCUGCAAUCUCCUGCUGCUCAGCCUGCUCUCCAGCAUCUUCAGCAGUUGUCCCAGGGACUGCCUCACCUGCCGGGAGGAGCUCAGCCCAACUCCGGACAGCUUCAACCUGGAGCUGUGCAUCCUCCAGUGUGAGGCGAAGAUGUCCCCCAGCCCUCUCUGGACUCUGUGCAGCAAGGUCAUGGCCAGGGGCUCUUGGCAGCUCAGUUCUGCUGACCCCGAACAUGUGGUAGCCGCUCUUUACCAGCCAAAAGCCUCAGAGAUGCAGCAUCUGAAGCGAAUGCCCCGUGUCCAGAGCCCAUUCCAGGCACAGGAAGAGACAGAGCCAAGCACAGAGGAGGCUGGCGAGGUGGAGCAGAAACAGCUGCAGAAGAGGUUUGGGGGCUUCACAGGGGCCCGGAAGUCGGCCCGGAAGUUGGCCAACCAGAAGCGGUUCAGUGAGUUUAUGAGGCACUACCUGGUCCUGAGCAUGCAGUCCAGCCAGCGCCGGCGCACCCUGCACCAGAAUGGCGUCCUGGUGAUCCCCAAAACAGCAUGUGUCCAGCCCCAGACCUGCCGCCUGGGACUCAGGAUUCCUUCCUCCCCAAGGCACUGAGCCUGCAGGCCCUGCGGGCAUGGCCUCGGGCACCUCCUAUCCAGUUGUUUCCCUCACCUGGCAUGAUUCCCCACAACCCUCUUGCUACUUCAGAGUGUAUUUUUGUAAUUCCUCCAGCUAACAUUUUAAUGCCCCCGUCUUUCCUUGUCACCCCCUCUUCUCUCUAUGGGGCCGGGUGAAAGGAGAAUGAAAUCAAGCCUGGGGUUUCAAUCUGUCACUGCCAUAACUUGUUUGUAAAAGAGCUGUUCUUUUUGACCGAUUGUUUGAAACAACUAUUUCCCCAUU